CGAAGCCAUGCAUCAUAUCCCUCGAACUUAUUUCUUAUCAAUGAUAUUGUUAUGGAUUUGCUAAGAUCAAAGUUGUGAACAUGCGUAACAGGGAAUUAGUGCUGGAUUUAUUGCAGUCUGUUGUGGAGAUAAUUACUUAUGGUGAUAAACAUGAUCCAUCCAUUCUUGAAUGUUUCAUGGAUCGCCAAGUGGUUGCGGAAUUCGUUCGAAUGCUUGAUAUCAGUGAAAAUUCAAGAAUUGAGGCACCGUUACUUCAGUAUCUCAGCAUAAUGAUUCAAAACAUGGAUAAUGAACAUGCAAUUUACUAUUGUUUCAGCAAUGGUUAUAUUAAUAGCAUUAUUUUGCAUCCGUACGAACUUGAUGGGGGAGACUUGGCUCCAUACUAUAUGUCUUUUCUAAGGGAUAUGGAAACUCAAAAAAGAAGAAAUUGAUUGAUUCUUGAAUCUGAUAAAAUUGUUGAUGAACUAUACUACUUGAAAGACAUUCUUAGUGUUGAUGAGCCUUGAUUGAAUCAAUUGGUUACUGAGAAUCUCCUGAAUGGGCUUGUGUUUCCUAUACUAUUCUCAUUACUAGCUUCAAUGAAUAAUAAUGUGAGAUCUGAGAAUUUCCUGCUAAUUAGUUUACUCUAAUUACUG